GUUUAAGCACUCAUGCUACAGACGUGAAAUUCCGUCAAAUACGAUCACACACUCGACGUUUAAAAUUAGUGGGAGCACAAAAUACGAGUGCUUGUAAACAAUUGAUGUGACGAAAAAAAGAUAAUUUAAUCAAGUAAACGAUUAUACAUACGUGUCAGACUGUAUUGUUUUGUAGUCACGAAGAGAAUAAUAUACUAGUGUUUCGCAAUCUGCAUAAGUUAGCUGACAUGAUCGUUUUUUCGUUGAUUGCCGCCGCUUUCAUGAACGGCGAUUGGUUAGCGGUGGUCGCGCACACUCAAAAGUAUCACGACGCGGAACCACCGAUGUCGUGCACGUCGUUCUUCGAAGAAUUUAAAACACAAUGCUUCUGGGCCAUGGCUGUCGGAUACGGUGUGUACUUUGGAUUUUGCGGGUAUUUAGAAUGGAAGUACUACAUCAAGGGUCGCGGCAGGGAAGCCGAGUGGAAGUGCCAGCCGAAACGCCAUCUGCCCCGACACCUGGUGUGGGACCAGAUCAAAUGGGGUUGCAUCGGACUAAUGGCGACGAACGUGGUGUCCGCGGUGAUGGCCACGCACGUCACUUGCGGUGGUUACAGCCAGGUCUAUACGCGAUUCGGCCAGUACCCGUUGUGGUGGUGGGUAAUCCAGUGGCCGGUGAUAUUCGUCCAGCAGGAUUACGUUACGUACUGGAUCCAUCGGUCAUUCCAUUCCAGGUUCCUGUUCAAACACUUUCACAGCAUCCAUCACCGGUACUUUCAACCCACCCCAUGGUCAGUGACGGCGAUACAUCCGUUCGAGAUAAUUUUAGUACAAUUGUUCAUGGUUAUGCCCAUAUUCAUUUAUCCCGUACACUGGCUGCCGUUUUACGGCUUAGCACUGUACACAUACUAUCACGGUAUCGUUCAGCACUCAGGCAUCACUUUCAAAGCUCGCUGGUGGCAGCCUUGGCAACCGGACUGCAUGUUUCACGAUAACCACCAUCAGUACUGUCACGUCAACUACGGUUUUAAUUGCUACUUGUGGGACGAGAUUCACGGAUCCGUGAGAAAAACUGAUCGUUGUUAUAGCACGCACACGGACUCAUGGGGUUCCGGUCGACUGCUGACUGAGCUUUCGGACGAAGAGCUGCGCCAGGAAACAUUUGAAAGAUUCACCGAGAACCCGGAGGCUUAUCGGGAAAACUUCAAUCCAUACUUGUUAUAACAGGGCGGCGACGAAAUGGCACAAUCGAAUAGUUGAACAUGUCUCAAACAAUGGUUGCAAAACAAUUUUAUACCCUUUACUCAAUCGUUGCUCUCAAUUAUAUUUACUGUAAUAUUUUAAUAUAACUACAUGCCGAAUAUAUAAAGUAAU